AUGGCUACAGAAGGAACUGCAGGAAAUAUUGAAGAUGGUUACAAGAAUCUUUUGAACUCUCAGACGAAGAUUGGAUUUAUCGGCUGCGGGCGUAUGGCCCAAGCUAUGGCCAAAGGAUUUCUCUCGUCCGGUCUGGUGACUGCGGGACAGAUCAUUGCUAGUGACACAUCGGAUGUGAUGCUGGAACAGUUGCGGGAGACUGGCGUGAGGACAACACAUGACAACCUUGAGCUGGUGUUGAACAGUGAUAUAGUAGUGAUUUCAGUGAAACCACACGUUGUUAAAGUGAUUCUGCAAGAGGUGGCGCCAGUGGUUCAGACACAAAGACAUCUGUUCGUUUCCAUUGCUGCUGGAAUAACCAUCCGAGCAAUUGAACAGUCUCUGCCACAAGGUACCCAUGUUGUUCGAGUUAUGCCCAACACUCCAGCACUAGUCCAAGCUGGGGCAUCAGUCAUGGCCCCAGGAAGUCAUGCCCUGAAGAGUGAUGUGAAGGUUGUCCGGAGCUUGCUGAGUACCAUUGGCAUCUGUGAGGAGAGCUCAGAAGCUUUGCUGGAUGCAGUGACUGGGCUUAGCGGAAGUGGACCUGCUUAUGCUUUUGUGGCUAUUGAAUCCCUGGCAGAUGGUGGUGUAAAAAUGGGAUUGCCCAGAGAUUUGGCACUGAAACUUGCAGCUCAAACAUUAUUGGGCGCAGCAAAGAUGGUUCUAGAGACAGGCAAACACCCAGGGCAGCUGAAGGAUGAAGUCUGCUCUCCAGGAGGAACAACGAUUGCGGCAGUGUAUGCUCUGGAGAAGAAUGGCUUCCGUGGGGCACUGAUCGAUGCUGUGGAAGCUGCUACCCUCCGAGCCAAAGAGUUGGGAUCUAGCAGCUGA